GUCCAGAAACUUCAGAGAGCAGCCCUGAAAGAUCCAGUGAAGUGCGCCGUAUCCACCAAAUACUCCACAGUGGACAAACUCCAGCAGUACUACGUCUUCAUACCGGCCAAGUACAAGGACUGUUACCUGGUGUCCAUCCUGAACGAACUCGCCGGCAACUCAUUCAUGAUCUUCUGCAGCACGUGUAAUAACGCCCAGCGGGUGGCGCUGUUGUUAAGGAACCUUGGAAUCACUGCAAUCCCUCUUCAUGGACAGAUGAGUCAGAACAAACGUCUCGGAGCGCUCAACAAGUUCAAGUCAAAGUCCCGCUCGGUGCUGCUGGCGACAGAUGUGGCGUCCAGAGGACUCGACAUUCCUCACGUAGACUGUGUCAUCAACUACGACAUCCCCACUCACUCCAAGGAUUACAUCCACAGAGUCGGACGAACCGCCAGAGCGGGGCGGUCUGGAAAGUCCAUCACGUUUGUCACUCAAUAUGAUGUGGAGCUUUUCCAGCGAAUUGAAACCCUGAUUGGGAAAAAGCUUCCCGCCUUCCCGACGCAGGAGGACGAGGUGAUGAUGCUGGUGGAGAGGGUUAGUGAAGCUCAGAGAUAUGCACGGCUGGAAAUGAAGGAACAAGGUGAGAAAAAGAAAAGGCCCAGAGGAGGAGACAGAGACGAGGAUGACACAGAGCAAUCCAGCGGAGUGAGGAAGAAAGUGAAAGGUGGUUUAGGAGGAGGAGGAGGAGGAGGAGGAGGAGGAGAUGGGGGGAAAGGAGGGGUGAAAAAGAGAGGUGGAGGAGCCUGGAGGGGAGGGCGCUAAAGCCUCCAACAUGAACAGACUGUAUAUAAACCUGACAUACCCACAACAACAUGCCUUUAAUGUUUGUUUUUCAUGUAAUAUUUCAUCAUGUUAUUUCACCAUAUUUACAUAGCGUCCAUUUAAAUCUAAACAUCACACUUUUAAAAUGUUAAACUGCUUUAUUACACCUUUAAAGAUCCAUAAACAUCAACUUUAAAGCUUUGAGGUUGAUACACAGCUAAAUAAGAACACAUGUUGAAAUUUGAAGACAUAGAAAGCCAUAUUUCAGGUUAAUUUUAGAUGUUUGAUGAGUUUUAAAGUAUGUUUUCACUUGAAUUAUGACUCAAACUUCCACAUUACAUCUUAAUUAGAGUUAAUAAGAUGAAGAAGUGGCGUUAAACUAACCCUUUGUCCGGUUUAUUAUGUCAUUUAUAACAUAAAACAUCAAAGUGUGACAUUUAAGAGAUAAAUGGCGUCCUAGUAAAUAUGGUUUGAUUCAGUUAGUAAUCUAUUUAAUUUCAAACAAAGGUUUUCCUGUUCCUUUGAGAGAUAUUUCUAUUUGUAAUAAAAUAACUCGGUUAAACACAA